AUGGCUUUAUUAGAACCAUUUUUAAAGAAAAAAGUACUCGUUUUAACAGCUGAUGGUAGAAAUAUUAUAGGAAUUUUAAGAGGAACCGACCAAACAACUAAUGUAAUUUUAGAAAAGUGCGAGGAAAGAGUUUUUUCAGAUGAGGGUAUUGAAGUUAUUCCUUUAGGUGUACAUCUUAUAAAAGGGGAUGAUGUUGCUGUUAUAGGUGAAGUUGAUGAAGAAUUGGAUAGAAAUUUAAAUUUAAAAGAAACUAUAGCAGAACCUUUGAAACCUAUUGUUCAUUAA